AUGAGUAAAGAUCAAACAUCGUUGCCUAUCAUUGACAUAAGUCCAUUUUUAAUUAAUGAUUUAAAUGAUGGUCGCCAAGAAGAGAUUGCGUUACAAAUCCAUCGUGCAUGUCGUACAUGGGGCUUUUUCUAUGUUAAAAAUCAUGGUAUUCCUAUGAAAUUACAAGAAGAAUUAAUGGAAUUCAGUAGACAAUUUUUUUCACAGCCAUUAGAAAAUAAAAUGCAAAUAGCAAUGAGUAAGGGUGGUCGAGCUUGGCGUGGUUAUUUUCCAGUUGGUAAUGAGCUAACUAGUGGAAAACCAGAUGGCAAAGAAGGUCUUUAUUUUGGUACAGAAAUCGACGAUGAUAAUCAUCCGAAAAUUCGUAAUAAAGUACCAUUACACGGACGCAAUCAGUUUCCUUCUGUUGAAAAGAAUGAUAAUGAAUUUCGCCAUGUUAUAUUGACUUAUAUGACAGCGAUGGAAAAUCUCGGUCGUUCAAUAAUGACUGGCCUUGCACUUUCACUUAAGUUAGAUGGAAAUUUUUUCGAUAAAAAUUAUUUUCUUGAUGAGCCUACUUGUCUAUUUCGUAUCUUUAAUUAUCCAGCUUCAUUUUGUCAACAGAAAGGAAAUGAAAAUCUAUGGGGUGUCGGUGAACAUACUGAUUAUGGAAUGUUAACACUAUUAUUACAAGAUGAUAUUGGCGGUUUACAAGUUAAACUUGGCCAUGAUAAAUGGAUGGAAGCACCACCCAUAUCAAAUACAUAUAUAUGUAAUAUUGGUGAUAUGCUUGACCGAAUGACCGGCGGAUAUUAUCGAUCAACACUACAUCGUGUAAGUAAUUUAUCAACAUCACGUGAUCGAUUAUCAUUUCCAUUUUUUCUUGAUCCUCAUUGGGAUGCAGAAGUAUUACCGAUACCUAUGGACGAAAUCAUGAAAAUUGAUGAUGAUGCUGAAUAUCGAUGGGAUAAAGCAAGUGUGCAUAAAUUUACUGGUACCUAUGGAGAUUAUCUAUUGAAAAAAGUUAGCCGAGUUUUUCCAAAUCUUGCUGAAGAGCAAACUAUAAUUCAACCAAAUUCAUAUUAA